AUGAUUUUUAAGGUUGUCAUUUUUGCUGCUGCGCUGAUGGCGGUAAGCGCGCAAUAUCAUGGACAAAGUCAUGGUCACGCAACUUCUUCUCAGUCAAUCAUCCGCCACGAUAUAUCCCACAACCAACAUGGCUACAACCACGUCCAACCUAUCUCAGUACACGCUGCUCCAGUCGCAUACCACCAACCCGCUGUUUCUAUUCACCACGCUGCCCCCAUUGUCCACUCUGCUCCUGUAGUUCAUCACGCUACUCCUAUUGCAUACCAUCAAGCUCCCGUCUACCACAGCCAAAACAGUGGUGCUCAUCAACACCAGGAUUACUACGCGCACCCUCAAUACGAGUUCCAAUACAACGUAGAAGACCACCACACUGGUGACAUCAAGUCUCAGCACGAAGCUCGCGAUGGUGACCACGUGACUGGCUCCUACAGUCUGCACCAGCCCGACGGUUCAGUACGCACCGUCCACUACAACGCUGAUCAACAUAGCGGAUUUAACGCACAAGUCGACUAUUCUGCCCCCUCAACACACGCCCAGCCAAUUCACCACGCAACUGAACAUAUCCUAUCUCAUCACUAAAUAAAUUUUAAAUU